GAUUACAGGGCACAUCUCUCCACUGCCCCGCCAUUGCUGCUCCUGACUGAACCUCCCUGGCGCUUCCAGGUGUGCUUCUCCACAGGUGUCCCAGGGCAGGCCAUGGUGGACGUGCUGGGCGGGCGGCUCCUGGUGACCCGCGACGGUGCGUGGGUGGAGGCUGAGGCAGCUCUGCAGAACAAGGUGGUUGCGCUAUACUUCGCUUCGGCCUGUUGCGCGCCCAGCCGCGACUUCACGCCGCUGCUCUGCGAGUUCUACGCGGAUCUGGUGGAGCGGGCGCGCCCGCCCGCGCCCUUGGCUGUGGUCUUCGUCUCCGCCGACUGCAGCGCACAGGAGAUGGAAGACUUUUUGCAUCAGCUGCCUGGCGCCUGGCUGGCGCUGCCCUUCCACGACCCCUACCGGCAUGAGCUGAGGACCAGGUACCACAUCACAGCCACCCCCAAGCUUGUGAUCCUGAAACCCAGUGGGGAGGUCAUCACCAACAAAGGGCGCAAGCAGAUCCGGGAGCGAGGGUGUGCCUGCUUCCAGGACUGGGUACAGGCCGCCGAAGUCUUUCAGAACUUCUCUGGCUGAAGUGGGGGAUCUCUGGGGACCUGGACAGGCGUGAAACACACUGGCUCUGCAGCAAAGUUAUGAGGACAAGAGAAGUGGGUGGUUCAGUGUAUGUCAGAGCAGAAGCACUCAGCUGUGGCAGAAACACUGCUCAGGAAGCAUGCCCUCCUGUUCAACUCCCCUGGCCUGCUUAUAGCUAUUUUUAUUCUCAGCACAGCAUUCUCCACAUGAGCUUAGCUGUGUUUACAUUGAGCUGUUGGAAAUCUAUGCAAAACAUGUAUUGAUACAAGC